AUGUGUUAUUCACUGGAAUUUAAUCAUUCAGUGUAUAAUUUGAUUCGAAUUGGUUUAUUGAUUAUAGGCGACCAGUCAGAUGCACAAAACACCAAUGAUAUACAAUUACUGGAAAGGGCACUUCAAGAAUACAUGGUCAACUUAAACUGUAUCAAGAAUAAGUCCAAGUGUAAUUCUGAUUUAUCAGUGAAUGGUUGUAUAACGGAGACUACGACUUCGCCUACUGCAACUACCACUACUAUUUCGACUGCCAAUACUCCAACGAAAAACACUGACAGCAGUGUUGUUGUUAGUAGUAAUAGUCGCGGCAACCGUAUCCCGUCAGUUAUGAUACACACUAUCAUACAAAAAUUACUGAAAGUAACCAAAGAUUCAAUUAUCUUUCUAUUGUCUAAUCAAUUAGGCGGUGAUUCUGUUGAAAGUAUGUACAAUAGCCUUGUAGAAAUCUCUAAAGUAUCAUAG